GUUACCAGUUAGGUUUCUGCUUUCAGCAGGAGUUGAGAGGUUUCCGCCUCCGCCACCAGGAUACUGAAAUGUGGGACCCACGGCUCGGCUUCAAUCCCGGAGACUCCCUCGCAAUCUCUCUCAGAGGAGAGGAGUGAGUUCACAGCAGAUGAGAUCUCUCGAGAUGGCGGGGGAGGAGAGGAAGCGGGUGCUAGUGGUGGGCGGCAGUGGCUACCUGGGCCAGCACCUCCUUGCGGCGUCCUCCGCCGCCGACCGCCUCGACGUCGCUUUCACCCACCACAGCCCCGCCCCGCCGCAGCCGCUCCUCGACGCGCUCCCCUCCGUCCGCGCCUUCCGCGCCGACCUCCGCUCCGGCGACGGCUUGGAGGCGAUCUCCGCGUCCUUCGGCCAGCCACACGUAGUUGUCAACUGUGCUGCCAUGUCAGUUCCUCGGGCAUGUGAAAUGGAUCCACCUGCUGCCAUGGCUACCAAUGUGCCUUCUUCACUUGUGAACUGGUUGCUAAGUUUUGGGAAUGAAGACUCACUUCUGAUUCAUCUCUCAACUGAUCAAGUUUAUGAGGGGGUGAAAUCCUUCUACAAAGAAGAGGACGAGACAAAGCCGGUGAACAUGUAUGGAAAAUCUAAAGUCGCCGCGGAGAAACUCAUUGUUGAGAGAUGCUCAAACUAUGCGAUCUUGAGAAGCAGCAUUAUCUAUGGACCACAAACAAUCUCUCCUGUGGCAAAAUCCCUUCCCAUUCAGUGGAUAGAUGGUGUUCUUUCACAAGGCCAACAGGUUGAGUUCUUCAAUGAUGAAUUCCGGUGCCCUGUCUAUGUCAAAGAUAUGGUGGACGUGAUUUUGUCAUUGACAAAAACUUGGUUAUCAAAUGGAGAAAAAGUCCAGGUCCUCCUAAAUGUUGGUGGUCCAGAUAGGGUAUCAAGACUGCAGAUGGCUGAGUCUGUUGCUGUUGUUCGUGGAUAUGACCCCAGAAUAAUCAAAUCUGUGUCUGCAUCAUCGGUUAAUCGAGGGGUAGCUUCUCCACCAGACAUAUCCAUGGACAUCACCAAACUAACCCAGAUUCUUGGUAUCAAGCCAAUCUCAUUUCGAGAUGGAGUCAGAAGUACACUUGAUGCAGAAGCCAGUACAUGACACUUCCUCAACAGUGUGCUUGAGUUCCUAGGGAGUUGCUUGCAUUCAAAUAUGAAAGUGUGACAGAAAAUCACAUUUAAUUUGCGAAAUUUCAGUAACAGUCAAUUUCUGUUGGAUUUAUGUGAAAUAUGUAACUUUGUACCUACUAAAGACCAAUGUCAUCAUCGGUGUUACUGCCUCAUUGUACUGUACCAUUAUGAAUAAAAAUGGCAUUCAUUUUAAAUCAUUUUUUCCA